AUGAUUAAGUUUCGGUAUAAGCGUAAAGAAGCAAGUGAUGGAGGAAAAGCAGGAACAGCUAUACAGAAGCAGAAGAUCGACGUUCUCAAGGAUAGAGAGCUGUUGCCCCCUAAGGAUCUAAUAGGGGGAUCGUUGGCUGGAGUGCGACACAAUACUCUUCCGCGCUCUAGACCUCCCUCCGCUGCAAGAAGGGAUGCACCUGAAUCCCUUAGCCAAACUACAUUAGCCUUGUUCAGAGAGCUUUUCGCACAACUACAAUGGUCUGCGGAAAGGGCGCCAGCUGCAGACGGCCUCCGCAGAGCUUUAGGCGGAGGUGGAGCUCGUUUUCAACUCGGCUGCAUGGCCGACGCCAGCGAGUGUUUCGAACAUCUCUUGCUCAGAGUCCACGCCCAUGUAGCCGCGGGAUCAGGUGAAAAAAGGGAUGAUGACGCCUGCAGAGCCCCGCAUUGUGUGCCACACAGAAAAUUCGCAAUGAUGCUUGUAGAACAGUCUGUUUGUGGUGCAUGUCAGGCCACUUCUGAACCACUACCUUUUACUCAGAUGGUGCAUUACGUAUCCGCAACGGCGUUAACAACACAAGCUGCACUUGGAGAACAUGGCGACAGCUUUGGCCUCCUACUAAGAAAAGCCGGCGGCAUGGGUGAUAUACGAGAAUGUCCUAAUGCCUGUGGUGCCAAAAUACAAAUCUGCAGAACAUUGAUGAAUCGUCCUGAAGUUGUAUCGAUAGGCAUGGUUUGGGAUUCCGACAGACCGGCUGCUGACCACGUAGCGGCAGUUUAUGCAGCUUUGGGUACAGAAUUACGGCCAACUGAUGCUUUUCAUGCAUGCGUAGACCGAGCUUGGGCAGCUCGAGCAACACAUCGGCUCGUCGGCCUUGUCACUUACUAUGGAAAACACUACUCAACCUUUUUCUUCCAUAGCAAAUUACGUGUAUGGAUAUAUUUCGACGACGCUGAUGUUAAAGAAAUAGGUCCAGAAUGGUCGCAAGUUGUAGAAAAAUGUAAAAGAGGUAGAUUUCAACCCCUUUUACUACUGUAUGCUGCGGUAGAUGGAACUCCAUGUGAUACUCGUCAUGCUCCUAAGGAUGUGGUGCCAUUCCCUGCCCCCGAACCGAGAAGAGCCGUUACGCCCGCUCCAGAGAGGCCAACUAAUGGGUACGCUCGGAGGGCAGUAACUCCUGGGCCUGACAACGAUAGCGACUAUGUUAGUAGGAAAGCUGUCGAAAACAUGCUGGAAGUCCAAGCUAGUCGCCGGGCCCAAUUAGCAAGAAGUUUAAGUACCAGUUCAGCUUCAGACACUCAGGAGAGACCGCGAGCCCGCAGAGACUCUGGUAACUGGAGUGGAGACAGAAAUAGUGCCUCUUCUUCUUCUUCAACUGUUGAGAGCCCAUAUAUGUACUCACGAGGGCGUGGCAGCGUUCCCAGUAGUCCAACUCGAAAAGGUGAAUUAUCUAGUGGAGGAUCAUGUGAUGCUGGUUACGAUUCGUACUCUCUUUCUUCCACCGAUAGCCUUCCACUUCAGCAAGGAUUGCGGCAUAAUUUACAACUAGCUCAAAUACCUGAGCUAAUCACGAGAGGUGACUGCGAAGCACUUUGUUUAGAAGCUGAUAGGUUAUUAGAAAAAUCACGUCAUGCCGAAGAUGCAGCAGAUUACGAAACUGCCUUGGUGUUGUGUGACGCAGCAGCAGCAAAAGCGCGUGCCGCUAUGGACGCGCCUUAUAAUAACCCACAUACGAUGACUUUUGCCCGCAUGAAGCAUAAUACUUGUGUAAUGCGUGCUCGUAGCUUACAACGUCGCAUGGCAGGAAUGAAUAGAGUUACUGAAAUCCCUCAAUUGGCACCGGUAAGAAAUACUAAAGGUGGCUUGGAAAAUUCACCUACUACCAUAGAAAUUUAUGCGACUUUGCCUAAAAAGAAAAGUUCCAAAAAAUCGCCUAAAAACUCUAUUGUAGACGAUAUUGACUGUCCAUCAAGAGAGCGUCCUCCAAGACAUAAAUCUAGAGAUGAAGAAAAAGGAAGAGAAAAACGUUCUCGAAGCGAAGAUCGUGGUCGUGCUCGUAAGGAAAUAACUGUAGCUCCAGAAAAGAAAGAAGAGACCACAGAAGAUAAAAAGAGUAAUAAGAAGCAACAUAAAAUUAGAAGAAAAUUGCUCAUGGGUGGUUUAAUCAGAAGGAAAAAUCGUUCAAUGCCAGAUUUAACAGAAGGCGCUGACGGAGAUAAUGAAUCCAAAAGUAAAGAAACGAGAGUUUCUUCUGUAGAUGACGCUGAUGUCGGCAGGAGAAAAUCUGAUGAUAAAACAAACUUAAGCGGUUAUUUGUCGGAAGGUCAUUUGGAGUACUCUGCAGCGGGCGGGACCAAUCCCAAUUUAGAGAGAAGUAAAUUAAUGAGAAAAAGCUUUCAUGGGAGCGCUGGAAAAAUUCUCACUGCAGCUAAAGUUCCUCCCCCGCCGCCGCUGCGAACUACUUCUCAGCUUAGCGGGACUAAGUUCGAGCCAGAAGUAAUGGAGCAAGGCGUUCAGAAACGACCGCAACAGCCGUUGCCGAAAACUAAUCACUCUGAGUAUGCUUAUACUCAAGACAACGAAGAAGACGGUGGAUUUUCUGAACAAUAUGGCGAUGAGCCCCAAUCGCUACCAUUUUUACCGUCUUAUGAUGGUAACCCAAAUCAUAAUAACAAUAACAGGCUGGAUGAUUCUCCUAAUACUUCUCAAAUCUUUCACACUAUUGUCACUACAGCUAUGAUACACCAAGAGCAGAGUCCAGUUAAAAGAGACACUACACAAAAUAUACUUCCAACUCAUAAUAACAUACAAAACUUGACGAAUAUAUUCGACAGCGGUAUUGAUGUCGUCGAUUGUGCAAUGCCACCGAGACGAUCGCCACAAAUGUUUGAAUUACCACCUUAUCCGAGUCCAAUGAAUUCUGUUAAUCAUUCUAGACAACCUAGUGAAGAAUUUCCUCCUCCACCACCGCCGAUAGACUUAACACCGGUCCAAGAUGAACUCAUGAAAAUACACGAACACAUGACCGUUACUCAUGACAACACUAGAUAUGAUGAAAAUGAUAUGGACAUACCGAAAGAUUCUCUAUUGGCACAAUUGCAGGAAAAACGAAAUCAAAUUUUAAGAAAUGAAGAUUCGUCUAAGUCAAAUCAUUUGGAUAAUAUUGGUACUACUGGCGAUAAUUGGCUCCGAGAGUUACAAGCUAAACAGGCAGCUCUAAAAUUAAAACGGUCCGGCUCGUUGGAGUGCCAGCUUUCUAGUACCAACGAUAACUCAUCACAAGAAAAUAGUAAUAAUGUAAAAAAUAUUGCAUCCAAAUUUGAGAGCACUACUCUAAGCGACGGAGAUCGAUCACAUGCGGGAUAUACAAGUAUUACUGGCAGUCGUGACGUAAUUAACUGUUCUAAUCAAUCUCAUAAUAACAGGAUAUAUAAUCGACGUGGAUCUUCAUCUUCAAUUGACCCUAAACAAAUGGAAGAUGAAUAUAGUGAACAAAAAACUAAUGCUAAUAUCUACGGGGAACGGACAAAACCUAAGAAAAAGUCAGUAUCUUUUUGCGAUCAAGUUAUACUAGUUGCUACUGCAGAAGACCAAGAAGAUGACAGUUAUAUUCCGAAUCCAAUAUUAGAAAGAGUUCUGAAAUCUGCGAUGAAUCGACCAGAACUUACAACAGUUCCUUUGCAAUCCGAGAAACCUUCUCUUCAAAGAACAGAUUCGUUCGACAGCCAAUCUUCAAGAUCUACUAUAUCAGCAUUAUCUCAAACGUCAUAUGUUCCUAGUGAUGCUGGGCAUGCCGACUAUUACAGAGUUCAGAAUUCAUAUCCAAGUUAUCAAAUUGCUCAAACACGCCCUCAACAACAGUAUAAUCCACAAAAGAGCACUUCAAUUCAAAGAACAAUUUCGCCAAUACUGACAAAUCCAGGCAUACAGAAUAAUAACCAAAUCUACCAAGCUUUGCCCGCAAAUCCUCAACAGAAUAGUAAUCCAAUACCGUACACUCAACCGCCAUCUGUAUAUCCUAAUCAAAGCAACGCUAGCCCACCGAAUUUUAGCCAAAAUCCUGCAAAUAGAUUAACACCACAAUCACACAAUUCCACUUACGUAACAAAACAUGUUUCCAAUGUACCAAGAACCGUACCUAAUACUUAUUCUCAUCAGCCCAGUCAACAUCAUCAAGUGAAUCAAACAAAUAACAGCUAUUAUCAUAGGUUGCCACAGCAAUCUUCUGCUCCAGCUCUUCCGAACAAUACAUAUAGCCGACAGUACAAUCAAAACGUGCAAACCAAUAAUUCGCCUUACCAAAGCGUGCCCACCAAUUCGCCAGCUUAUCAGAGCUACCACAACCCACCGACGAACUAUGCUAACUCUGAUUAUUCUAGUCGUUACACCCAAGUGAACAACACAACUCAUUAUAACAAUCUUUCACCUUAUCAGAGAGUUCCACCGCCACACGGAGACAUACUAAACUCUGUCGACAAUUACAAUGGGAAUCAUCAAAAAAUGCCCAAUAACUUUUACCUUGAUAGCAAUGCUAACAAUCAAACUCGUCUUCCGGAAGCUAGACAUUAUGCAAACUCGCAAUCUCAACGCGUCCCUUCUUACAACCAAACAACUAAUUCUGAUGUUACAAAUAACGAACAGUAUCAAUAUUCUCAAAAUAACUACAAUCCUUACCAACAUCUGCCGCCACCCAAACAAAUUCAAAAAAAAUCUGUUUCUUUCGAACCGGGAACUAAAGGUGGAACAGAUUCUCCUAUACCACCACAGAUGAACGGCAACUAUUCUAGUGAAAAUAUGCCAUCUUCAAUACCAGGUCAGAAAAUGGUAUGUAACUUGUGUCGUAAGAAAACGGUAAGCCCUCCCGCUACUUAUUGUCCAGAUUGUGAUUUCUACAUGUCUCGGUUCAAGCCCCGAUCA